AUGCGCGACCAUGCCAGGUCCGAGUUCAUGACUAAAUGGUCGGAGGUACCCCUCACCUUCAGCCAGCGCAGACGUUACCCUGUCGUGGUAAAGGACACAAUGCACAAUAUCUACAUGGGGGGCGUACUGGUCGAUGGAGGGAGCUCCAUCAACCUCCUUUUCGCUGACGAACUAGAUGCCCUGCAAAUCCCGAGUACAUUGAAACCAUCUCCUUCCUUCUUCGGGAUUACCAACUACUCUUCAGUCAAGCCGUUGGGGCAGAUUGAGCUGUCCGUCACUUUCGGUUUGCCAAACAACUUCAUGACCGAGAGGGUCUUGUUCGACGUGGUGGACUUCGGGACUGCUUACAACGCAAUCCUAGGGCGACCAGUGUUGGUCCAGUUCAUGGUCAUUGCCCACUAUGCAUACCAGGCAAUCAAGAUCCCUAGUUCCAAGGGAGCCAUCACCAUUUUGGGCAACCAAAAGGCGACCUUGCACUGCGACAAGAGGAACCUCGACAUGGUUGAGCUAAUUCCUGGGUCAUAG